UGACAUGAACAGAGCUAAGCCCUACCACUACACAAAUUGUUGCGUCCAAAUGCUGCCUCCACUGUUCAAAUCCCCCCAAAUUCCCCCCUUUUAUCCAAUCUAAAUCCAGCGAAAUCUAUCUUUCCCGAUAAUAACAACAAAUAAAGAUAAGGAAAGGGCGAGUUGGAAUCUUGGGGUGGUUUGUCAUUGGGCCCAAGAACCCGAAGAACACAUGGAUUGGGAAGACAUGGAAGGGCACUAGAAGCAGUGGGGAUGAGAGGAGGAAGAAGAAGCUGGUGGCCCAUCGAGGUUACCAGCGGCGGGGAAGAGACCAGGCGGGGGCGGAGAUGCGCGGGGAAGAUGGCGGCGGCGAGUUUGGGCCUCCGGCAGCGGGGUUUACCACUUCGCUCCCCCGUUCACAUCUGCCGCGUCGCCGUGGGAACGUCAAAGAUUCGUCCUUGACUGCUGUCAGCGCUAAACACGAUAAUGGGGAGAUGGGGCGUGAAGGCAUCAUCAGAGUGGAACAUCAGUGGCGAGCCCUGCAGUGGUGUAGCCUCAGACGUUUCUGACUGGGAUAACUACCCAAAAAACCCUGCCAUCAAGUGUGACUGCUCUUUCAAUAACAACACCAUCUGUCAUAUUAUCAAACUGAGGGUAUAUGAGUUGAACAUUGUUGGUCAAAUACCUGCAGAGCUACAGAAUCUUACCUAUCUACAGGACCUGAACCUGAACCACAAUUACUUGACUGGUGCCAUUCCAUCAUUCAUUGGAAAAUUUACUUUCAUGAAAUAUCUGGGCUUGGGUUUCAAUCCACUGUCUGGACAACUGCCAAAGGAACUCGGGAACCUCACCAAUCUCCUCUCGUUGGGCAUUAGCCUGAACAACUUUACUGGAGAACUUCCUGAAGAACUGGGCAACUUGACCAAACUUGAGCAGUUGUACAUUGAUAGUUCUGGAUUCAGUGGUCCGUUCCCUUCGAUGAUUUCCAAGCUUAAGAAUCUGAAGUUCCUGAAAGCUUCAGACAAUGAAUUCACAGGGAAAUUACCAGAUUACUUGGGGAGCUUGACUAAAUUGGAAGAUCUGACUUUCCAAGGAAAUUCUUUUGAAGGACCAAUACCUGCAAGUUUGUCUAAUCUGACCAAAUUAACAAAUCUACGGAUUGGCGAUAUUGUAAAUGGCAGCUCUUCAUUGGCAUUCAUCAGUAAUCUGACAUCUUUAAGCCACUUGGUAUUAAGGAACUGCAGGAUAUCUGGCAAUCUUGAAGCAGUAGAUUUUUCUAUAUUUCCAACAUUGACCUUGCUGGACUUGAGUUUUAACAAUAUCACAGGCCAAGUUCCUCAGUCCAUCCUGAAUCUGGGGGCUCUUCAAUUUCUGUUUCUCGGGAAUAAUAGCCUUAAAGGAAGUUUGCCUGAUGCUAUAAGCUCUUCAUUAAAAGCGGUAGAUUUUUCCUACAACUACCUCACUGGAACGUUUCCUUCCUGGGCUACUCACAAUAAUUUGCAAUUGAAUUUGGUGGCAAACAACCUUGUUCUUGGCAGCACCAAAAGCAGUAUACCUGCAGGAUUAAACUGCCUCCAGCAGGACACUCCUUGUUUCCUUGGAACUCCCAAAUAUUAUUCCUUUGCGGUUGACUGUGGUGGUAAUAUAUCAACUGAGGGCUCAGAUAAUACUAUAUAUGAAGCAGAUGCUACAGACCUUGGGUAUGCAUCAUACUAUGUUACUGAUCAAACAAGAUGGGGUGUUAGCAAUGUAGGAAACUUCUUCCAAGCCACAAAUGGGAUGAACAUAAUAUAUAGCUCUCAGGAUUUUCAGAAUGCAGUUGACUCAAAAUUGUUUGAGACUGCAAGGAUGUCAGCAUCUUCGCUUAGAUACUAUGGGUUUGGACUUGAGAAUGGAAAUUACACAGUUAGGCUUCAAUUUGCAGAGUUUGCUUUUCCAGACACGAAGACUUGGCUAAGCUUAGGAAGGAGAGUUUUUGACAUAUAUGUUCAGGGAGCUUUGAAAGAAAAGAAUUUUGAUAUAAGGAAGACAGCUGGUGGAAAAUCUUUUACCACAAUUAAUAGGACUUACACGGCAACAGUGUUAAAAAACUUCCUUGAGAUACAUCUCUUCUGGGCUGGCAAGGGCACUUCUGCCAUACCUACGCAAGGUUACUAUGGACCAAUGAUCUCGGCAUUAAGUGUCACUCCAAAUUUUACUCCAACUGUGCGAAAUGGUGUACCAAAGAAUGGAAUCAAAGCAGGCACAAUUGCUGGAAUAUUGACUGGGGUGUCAGUUAUAGGACUAGCAGGCUUAUUUGGAAUUUUUAUGUGGAUAAAGAAGCGCAGAAUGGCACAACAGAACGAAGAACUGUAUAACCUGGUUGGACGACCAGAUGUCUUUAGUAACACUGAACUCAAGCUAGCUACAGACAAUUUUAGUUCUCAGAACAUUAUUGGGGAAGGCGGAUACGGGCCAGUCUAUAAGGGUAAGCUACCGGAUGGAAGAGUUAUAGCUGUGAAACAACUUUCUGAAUCAUCUCAUCAGGGGAAAAGCCAAUUUGUGACAGAGGUUGCAACAAUUUCUGCUGUGCAACACCGGAAUCUGGUAAAAUUGCAUGGAUGCUGCAUCGAUAGCAAAACACCCUUGUUGGUUUAUGAGUACCUUGAAAAUGGAAGCCUAGACCGAGCAAUCUUUGGACAUAGUAGCUUAAACCUAGACUGGGUGAUGCGCUUCGAGAUCAUUCUAGGCAUUGCAAGAGGCCUAAGUUAUCUUCAUGAAGAGUCGAGUGUGUGCAUUGUGCAUAGGGACAUCAAAGCCAGCAACAUAUUGCUUGACACUGCUCUGACCCCAAAGAUCUCUGACUUCGGACUUGCCAAGCUCUAUGAUGAGAAGCAAACUCAUGUGAGCACAAGAAUUGCGGGCACAUUUGGCUAUCUGGCUCCUGAGUAUGCAAUGAGAGGUCAUUUAACACAAAAGGCUGAUGUUUUUGCAUUCGGGGUGGUCAUGCUGGAGACUCUAGCUGGUCGAUCAAACACCAAUAGCUCCCUCGAGCAAAGCAAGAUCUAUCUCCUUGAGUGGGUCUGGGAACAGUAUGAAAAGGAGCAAGCUCUCCGAAUCCUUGACCCAAGUCUCAAGGAAUUCAACAGGGAUGAAGCUUUGAGAGUCAUCCGUGUCGCGCUGAUCUGCACACAGGGCUCACCGCAUCAACGGCCGCCGAUGUCGAAGGUCGUGGCAAUGCUCACCGGAGAAGUUGAAGCACCUGAGGUAUUCACGAAACCAAGCUACAUCACGGAGUCACAGAUGAUGGAUGGGAACUAUGCCACGAGCAGCUACUUAGGGUUUACAACUUCCACUGGCGGAACAAGCUUGAACCUUUGAUUCAUGAGUAGUCAUGAGGGAAGGUGAAUGCGAAAUUGAAUUGUGCAGGCGAUCGAUCUUAGGUUCAUGUGACAAUUUCGGAGGCUAUUUGUUCUUGGGUUAAAUUGCAUAUUUAUAGUUAAUCUAGGAGCAAAACUGUAAAUCUGUAAUAAAAUGUCUAAAAGUUUGUUGGCCACAGGACUACUUCAUUGGAACACAUGGGUUAUACACCAGGAAAUGUGGUGAACAAAUACCAUGGAUCUGAGAAACUUUAUAGGUCCAACCACCUUUACAUAUUUUGGUGGUUGGCAAAUUGAUUUUAUUUUCAUCUAA